AUGCAAGAAGGAAAUGAGAAACUGCUGAAACUGGUUGACGAUUUGCGCUUUAACAUUGUAUCAAAUCAAGGAAUGAGAACCACUAUACGAAAAACAGACUCCAGCUCAUCAUUUUCUUCCUCACCAUCAACCAUCUCACAACAGAAUUUAUCGACAAACACGAAUGGACGCUUGUUACUGGUUUCGAGUUGGUGGAGUUCCAAUUUGAGAAUUUUUCCAGUGGACGAAAAGAAGAGCGGACCUUUCGAUGUUCUCUCAAAUAUGCCUUAUUUAUUGGAUCUAAAAUCAGAUUUAACAUGUGAACAAUUAUUACCUCUUUCUAAAGAAGAAAUUAUUCUUGGACUCAAUUCAGGAGAAAUAGUCAAGUUGAGAAGAGAAGGUGGACAUUCUUUCAAGGAGUUGCUUCGUGCUAUUGCCCACAAGGAUCGUGAAAUGUUUAAAGUUAUUUCCUAA